GGGCGAGCGCCAAGCAGGUGGGAACUGCGCUGGGACCUGCAGGAAAGGGAUCAGGAGAAUCUCCUAGGUUGGCAAGUUGCUAUGGCCAGUGGACCGAAAAUGAUGGCCCCCAUUUGUCUGGUGGAGAACCACAAGGAGCAGCUAUCAGUGAACCAGAAAGCCCUGGAGAUUCUGGACAAGAUCUCGCAGCCAGUGGUAGUUGUGGCUAUUGUUGGAUUGUACCGUACAGGCAAGUCCUAUCUGAUGAACCGCCUGGCAGGACAGAAUCACGGCUUCCCUCUGGGCUCCACCGUGCAGUCUGAAACCAAGGGCAUCUGGAUGUGGUGUGUGCCACAUCCCACCAAGCCAAAACACACCCUGGUCCUCCUGGACACCGAGGGACUGGGGGAUGUGGAGAAGGUUGACCCUACGAAUGACUCGUGGAUCUUUGCCCUGGCUGUGCUUCUGAGCAGCACCUUUGUCUACAACAGCAUGGGCACCAUCAACCACCAGGCCCUGGAGCAGCUGCAUUACGUCACAGAACUCACUGAGCUGAUCAGGGCAAAGUCUUCCCCAAGUCCUGAUGGAAUAAAGAAUUCCACUGAGUUUGUGAGUUUCUUCCCAGACUUCAUCUGGACUGUUCGGGAUUUCACGCUGGAGCUGAAGUUAGAUGGAAAGAGCAUCACGGAGGACGAGUACCUGGAGAACGCACUGAAGCUGAUCCCAGGUGACAAUCCCAGAAUCCAAGCAUCCAACUUGCCCAGAGAGUGCAUCAGACAUUUCUUCCCUAAACGGAAGUGUUUUGUCUUUGACCGGCCAACAAAUGACAAGGAACUCUUACGCAAAAUUGAGACUAUCUCAGAAGGCCAACUGGAUGCUAAGUUCCAGGAACAAACAAGGGCUUUUGUUUCUUACACCUUCACCGAGGCAAAGAUCAAGACACUCCGAGAGGGAAUUAAGGUCACUGGGAGUCGACUGGGGACUCUGGUGACAACCUACGUGGAUGCCAUCAACAGUGGAACUGUGCCUUGUCUGGAUGAUGCGGUGACAACUCUGGCCCAGCGUGAGAACUCAGCAGCUGUACAGAAGGCAGCUGAGCACUACAGUGAGCAGAUGGGCCAGCGACUGAGGCUCCCCACAGACACGCUCCAGGAGCUGCUGGGUGUGCACACAGCCUGUGAGAAGGAAGCCAUUGCUGUCUUCAUGGAGCACUCCUUCAAGGACGAAAACCAGCAAUUCCAGAAGAAGCUGCUGGAAUUAAUAGUGAUCAAGAGGGCAGAUUUCCUGCUGAAGAAUGAAGAGGCAUCAGAGAAAUACUGCCAGGAAAAACUGAAUUGUCUUGCGAAAGCACUAACAGAAAGUAUUUCAGCGGGGACAUUCUCCAUUGCUGGAGGACACAGGCUCUACAUGGAAAUGAGGGAGAAGAUUGAGCAAGAUUAUUGGCAGGUGCCCAGGAAAGGAGUGAAGGCAAGUGAAGUCUUCCAGAGAUUUCUGAAGUCACAGACCACCGUCGAGAGUUCCAUCCUGAAAGCAGAUACAGCCCUAACUGCUGGGGAGAAGGCCAUUGCAGAGGAGCGGGCCCAGAAGGAGGCAGCAGAGAAGGAACAAGACCUGCUUAGACAGAAGCAGGAGGAGCAGCAGCAACUGAUGAAGGCUCAAGAAAGAAGUCACAAGGAAAACCUCGAACAACUCAGAAUGAAGCUGGUGCAGGAGAGAGAGCAGCUCAUCAAAGACCAGAAGAAGAUUCUGGAGAAGCAGCUGCAGGCCCAAAAGGCAUUGCUUGCUGAAGGAUAUAAGAAGAAAUCUGAGGAAAUGAAUGCAGAAAUAAAUAAUUUGAAAAGUAAGAUUGAGACUAUAAAGAAAGAGAACACCUCGUUUUUGGAGCAAACCCUGAACGCCUUCGCUACAGUUCUCUGUGCUCCUAUUGUCCUGGCUGUGGAGGUUGUAAAAGGCAUUGCUGCACUCUUUUGAGACUCGCUCCUCUGAGAACACGAGACGGGGAAUAUGUGCUUUGUCCCAUUUUUAAGGCACACGUUCAUUUUCAUUCAGCAAAGUUUUAAAGAUGAAAGUGUUAC